GUGUCUGCACCUGGUUGCUAUCCAUUUCUGUGUUCUUUUCUCCCAACAACAAAGCCUGAAAUCUGAGCUUGAAGGGAGAGAACCGUUGAGGACUAAAGAGGCAGCUAAUUAUGUUUCCUUGCCUACCUCCCGGGCUGUGCCAGAGACACUAAAUGUUCAGCAAUUGCUGGUGUGCCACCCCAGGAGUUGCUAGCACUGUAACUGGCUUCAGUCUCAUGGAAUCCCUUCUUCCUACUCCUUCCUAGGAAACUUAAAGGGCACAGACUUUGAAUACUUUGUAAAUUUUGUAGACCAAAGUGGAAUUAUCAGCUUGGCAGGAACCAGAUGUGAGAAAGUGAUGCUUGCUUGAGAAGAAAUUGUAUGCACCUCCUCCCAGUAUGGCUCUGUACUAUCCAACUAUGAUGCAGACCUUUCCUUAUAACUAUCUGCCUCUUGGGCCAAGUCGACCAUCAGACACUGCACAUGCCCCUAUGAUCCCUCCAGUCCAGAUGCACAACUUCUACAACAGGCCUCUUGCUGUGAUUAUGGACAAUAACAAUGGUUACAACGUAAAUCCAGCAAACCAAGUGGAGUACCAUCACAUCCAUGGUGCAAAUCCUUACUUCUAUCCUUACCCUUUCUGGUACUACCCCCAAGUGAGCCCUCUUCCUCUGUACAGCCCCUAUGCUAACUAUCCUCCUUAUGCAGCCUACCAAAGACCAGGCUGGGAUGUGUGGCCUGAGGGAUUCACCUUGAGAGGAGAGCUCCAUUGGGGUAAGCUUGAGAGGAUUGUGGGACCUAGGAGGGACUUGCCGGAAUUCGUGAAAGACGAUCUCAGAAGGGUCUAUGGCACCUAUCCAAGGACGGAUGUUACCAUAACAUACCACAGUGGGGAAUUUAUUGUGAAAGGGGACCCUAGAGUUGGAGAACAAGAAUACAGGGUAGAGAAGAGAAUCAUCCGAAACGAACCCACCCCAACUGCUAGUGAAGCUGAGGAUAGCAGUGAAGACCGCAAUAGGAAGAAGAAAAAGAAAUCAAAGAGAUAAUGAAAGUGGUUCAAAUAAUACUGACUGAACAUGUAUCCCUCUGUUUAGACCUAAUAUCUGGCGGCAAUGAUACCGAAAACUGAAAGAGAUUUUUCUGUGACAUUUUUAUAGGUUCCAAUAACUUUCUUAGUAGCUGUUGUAUACUCACUAAUGUGCACACAUACUUUUCUCUUGUGCUAAUAGGAAGAUGUUGCUCAUUUUGUCAACCCCUGCUCUUUUUUUGAGUGACUCCAAAUGAAUGCCAGUAGUGCUGCCUUUCAAUUGGAUCAACCAAAAAUCUACUUAUAAAAACUGACUAUGGAUUUCUGGCACAUUAUCUUCCUAGUUGUACAUUACCAUUUUGCACCAUAAAUUCUUCCUGCCCCCCUCAUUGUUGGAGGGAUCUCUUUUCUUUCUUUCCUUCCCCCACCCCUGGCCAAACAUUGGCUACUUUAAGUAAAUGUCCAUAGAGUUCACUAUGGAAUUAUUCAGAAACUGAACCCGAGGUCACAGUACAAGGUGAUGGUAUACUGAAAAUCUGGUCACACUGUGACAAUGGACACACAACAUACAUAAAUAGGACCAGAGUACCUUUAUUUUUAACAUCAGCACAGAGAAACCUAUUGUGAAUUCCACUUUCUGUAAUAUGUUUUAAGCCAUUUGUGAUUCUUUCCUAGUGAGAUGAACAAUUGCUUGGCCAUCAGGUUGCACGUUGUAUAUAUGCAAGACAUAGAGCAUUUUAAAUAAAGGAAAACAAGCAUG